GCUAAAUGACGGCGAUGCGUUGCAAUGAGAAAGCGUCUUUGUGUGUUGUCAAGGUAUAUAAGACAUUUCUGCCGCAAUUUCUUUCUUUGGAAUAAUGUCGGCUGAAUCUGAACUUAGAGACAAUGGCCCCGAGGGCAUGGAGCCAGAUGGCAUCAUUGAGAGCAACUGGAAUGAGAUCGUGGACAGUUUUGAUGACAUGCACCUGUGCGAGGCUCUGCUCCGAGGAAUAUAUGCCUAUGGAUUUGAGAAGCCUUCCGCCAUCCAGCAGAGAGCCAUUAUGCCUUGUAUCAAGUGCCAUGAUGUGAUCGCUCAGGCCCAGUCUGGCACUGGGAAGACUGCCACCUUUGCCAUCUCCAUCCUCCAGCAGAUUGAUGUGGAGCAGAAAAUCACUCAGGCUCUGGUCCUGGCACCUACCAGGGAGCUGGCUCAGCAGAUCCAGAAGGUGGUGCUGGCGCUUGGUGACUACAUGGGAGCCAACUGCUAUGCCUGCAUCGGAGGAACCAGCAUCCGCAGUGAGGUCCAUAAGUUGCAGGCUGAAGCCCCUCAGAUUGUGGUGGGAACCCCUGGCCGUGUCUACGACAUGUUGUCUCGCAAAAUCCUCUGUCCCAAGCACAUCAAGAUGUUUGUGCUGGAUGAGGCCGACGAGAUGCUCAGCCGAGGGUUCAAGGACCAGAUCUACGAGAUUUUCCAGAAACUGUCGAGCAACACACAGGUUGUCCUUUUGUCUGCCACCAUGCCAACUGACGUUUUGGAGGUCACAACAAAGUUCAUGCGUACCCCUAUCCGAAUUCUGGUCAAGAAGGAGGAGCUGACCCUUGAGGGUAUUCGCCAAUUCUACAUCAAUGUAGAGAAAGAGGAGUGGAAACUCGACACGCUGUGUGACCUGUACGAAACCCUGACCAUCACACAAGCUGUAAUCUUCAUCAACACAAGGAGGAAAGUGGACUGGCUCACUGAGAAGAUGCACGCCAGAGACUUCACCGUGUCUGCUCUGCACGGUGACAUGGACCAGAAAGAGAGAGACUUGAUCAUGAGGGAGUUCCGCUCUGGCUCCAGUCGAGUCCUCAUCACCACUGACCUGCUGGCCAGAGGUAUCGAUGUGCAGCAGGUGUCCCUAGUCAUCAACUACGACCUGCCAACCAACAGGGAAAACUACAUCCACAGGAUUGGGCGAGGGGGUCGUUUUGGCAGGAAGGGGGUUGCCAUCAACCUGGUGACUGAGGAUGACAAGCGAACCCUAAGGGACAUUGAGACGUUCUACAACACCACCGUGGAGGAGAUGCCCAUGAAUGUGGCUGAUCUGAUCUAGAAGAGCCCACAUGCCCUCUGUCCACCCCCAUCCUGUUUAUUUUAGAAGUCAAACCUUGUUUCUUAUCUGAUCUGAACCAUGACGACACUCUACAGGAGGAAUAAUGCAGCCAUUUUUCCUUCCUAAUCUUUGACGUAGUUUCGGAAGGCUGAAUUACUGAACUUCAUCUGCUCUCAUGUUGUUACUCUACAUCAGCACCUAAAUUCUUCAUUAAGCAUUUAUUUGAACAUCUCCAUGUUGAAGUUUUGCAAAUUAUAACACAACAAAUCGAGUCUGACUGGAACUGGGUCCCACGCAGCCACUUUCCCCAAAACCUAUGUCUAAACCUUUAGUAGCUCUGACUGUUGGCAAAAAUGUAACAUUACCUGAAAGAUGCGGCUAAAUCGGUAACGUCCACGGUGAAAACCAAAAGCAGCUUAUUGCAGACGUAGCUGUGUUGUACCGGCUGCGCUGCAGUUCAGUUGGGACUCGACAACAAUGAUCUCAAUGAAAUGUAAAGUGCUGCAUUUUACCAGAUCAGUAUUUAAUCGAGCUUCAGUGUACUUCAACACAUCCAUGGUCAUGUUAAGAACAGAGGGUUUGGGGGGGUGGGUCUAGAGUACACAGGGCAUAUUCAAUAAAAAGACCUGUAUAGUAAAAUCCACCAUGAAUGAGUUGUUUACCGUUUUGAUCCUUUUACUGCUGUUUCAUACCUAUAUUUUUUAUUGCUAUUGUACAUGCAGCUUGACUUGUACAGUCACGUGUCCAGUAGCAUUCAGUUGAAGACUGACUGGCGGCCACAAACGUACGGAGGCAAGAACGGUGAGUUCUGUGGAGGCUCUGCCUCUGCGCCCCGAGAGCCCGGUUGGAUUUUCAUCUCUUGAUUCCUUGACAUUAUUGUUUAUUUAGGUUUAUCGUGAAACAGAAUAUUGAAUUUUUGAUAAGGUGGAUGCAAGUUUUUGUAACCUACCUUGCCAAAAAUGUUGGGCGAGGCUGGGUGUCUGAAAUGAAAGGACCAAACUACAGAUGAAUAAGUAUAUGGAGAUUUUUUUUUGCCCCCUCCCUCUUCUAGGCUCCAAUUCAUAUGCUUCAUGUUUUGGGGGUGUAUGGUCAGUGCUAUUUUUUAAAAUGAAUUUAUGGCGUUGUUAACCUUUUUCGAGACAGAAACAGUGUAUCAAGGUUUUUUUUUUACAUUGGAUUCUGUAUAGUAUUUAUUUUAAUGGUCUUAAAAAUAAAGGUUUCUCCUUUAACAGUGUAAA